UGAGUUCACACUGAUGGCGAAGGUGACUUGGUGGUGGUUGGACGCUUUUGUUCGUACCUGCGACUUAAUGGAUACUUAAAAGGGACAUUUAUGAAUUUAAAAGCGCCGUUUGUGGAUUACAUACGCUAGAUAUUAGAUGUAGUGGACCGGUAUGAAUCGUCUUUGUCCAAACAUUCAGUUCGGGACUUGUUAAAUGAAGUGGACAUGGAUAAAACCGGUUAUGGGAUACAUGCAGUUUACCAUUUAUUCCUUCUGUGGCUCUCAGUUUGCCCUCUGUGCUCUCAGGGAAGUUGGAUGUGGUUGGGCAUCACAUCUGUAGGAGUGCCCGAGAAGUUGGGUUGCGCGCAUUUGCCCCUGUCGCACAAGCAGAAGGAGUUGUGCGCGCGCAAACCGCACCUUCUGCCGAGCAUUAAAGAGGGCGCGCGCCUGGGCAUCACCGAGUGCCAAACGCAGUUCAAACACGAGCGCUGGAACUGCUCGACCCGACGGGACCCGAACGUGUUCGGCUACGAGCUCACCAGUGGGACAAAAGAGACAGCGUUUAUCUACACAGUAAUGGCUGCCGGCCUGGUUCAUGCAGUCACUCGCUCUUGCAGUGCAGGAAAUAUGACAGAGUGUUCGUGUGAUAUGAGCCUUUUGGGCAGCGGUUCGCCCACGGAGGGCUGGCACUGGGGUGGGUGCUCCGAUGACAUCGCCUUCGGGACUUCAUUCAGCCGUCGCUUCAUUGACAAUUCAGUAAAGAACACAUCAGCCCGUGUUGAGGACGCCCUGUUCACUAUGAACCUGCAUAACAGCGAGGCCGGAAGACAGGCAGUGGCCAAAACAAUGUUGACAGACUGCCGCUGUCACGGCGUGUCGGGUUCGUGUGCGGUAAAAACUUGUUGGCGCACAAUGGCUGCGUUCGAGCGUGUGGGCGCCUACCUGAAGGAGCGCUACGAAAACAGCGUUCAGGUGGUGGACCGCUCUAAACGUAAGGUGCGACGUAAGGACAAAGACCAUCGCCACAUGCCUAUUGGCAAAGAAGAGUUAAUCUUCUUCAACAAAUCGCCUAAUUACUGCUUGGAGGACCGGCGGUUGGGCAUGAUGGGGACUAGGGGCCGCAGGUGUAACAGAACUUCAGCCGGGCCGGACGGCUGUAACCUGUUGUGCUGUGGGCGGGGCUACAACACGCACGUGGUACGACAUGUAGAGCGCUGUGAGUGUAAGUUCGUCUGGUGCUGUUACGUUCGCUGUCACCGCUGUGAGACGAUGAACGACAUGCACACCUGCAAGUAGAGCUACUACUUGGGGAGGGAUCUUGUGAGUGGAAGUGGACCUUCUUUGCGCUUUCAGCCCAGUUGGGCCUAUACAAACAAGCGUGUUGACAAAUUAUCCAUGGCAACUGGCAAUCCAAAACCAGGGAGAAAUGGUAUAUUCCCUUUUAAGUCCACAUGUGUAACUCUUCCCAUGGGCUUCAAGUGGAAAUCAAGCCAUUUUGUAUAUAGUGACUGUGGAAUAUAACUGGAGCAUAAAGGGAACUAAAAUACUGGGAACAGCAGAAAAAGUGUAAAUAUAUGCUUUUGUUUGGGAUUGUAUUGAGGGCUCUUACAGUUAAUGAUGAAUUAUAGUGGGAAUUAUUUAGAUAAUAUGCCAAGAUAUUUUUUGAUACAAUGUUUUAUAGGUUGCAAAAGAGAAUCCCUUAAAUAAAAGACAGAAAUAAUUCCCAAAGGAUGUAUUUUGCAAUUGUAGCUUUAUAUUUCAUGAUUUAAAUGUACAUAUUAAAU